ACUUAAUAAUUUAUUUUAAUCAGAGCGGGUUUAUUUGAAAUUAUUUUCGGCCCUUCGAGUAUACAUACUCAGCGCCAACCGUAUAUGCCUUCUAGAAUGGUAAUAAACAAAUCUGUACGUUCUUAGUAGAAGACAAUUACUUAGAAAUUUUAUUACAAAUUUGCGUGGGAGGCCCAAAAAUGGGUAGCAUGGAUAAAGCUGUGAUCACUGGGUUCAUUUGUAGACUUUGCAGUAAAAUGAAUCGUUUUGUGAUCCAUAUUUACGGUGAGGAAGGCGAGAGAAUGAAAUUGGCUGAAAAAAUAAACGCUUAUCUUCCAAUCACUGUUAAAGUAAAUGAUCCGCUGCCUAAGACAGCUUGUCUUCACUGCAUCGAACGGCUGGAAGCUCACCACGAGCUGAUGGAGAAAAUAUUGUUCUCUAGAAAACGAUUAGGAAUAGAGCCAGAUGUCAAUCAAGCACCGUCAUCGCAGUCAUCAUCUCUGUCAUCUCAGUCGCUGGGAGUAACGUCAACAGAAUCACCGGCAGCACCUCCACCGGCCUCGACACAGCAAACGCAAUUAAAUUCACCUCCGUGUUGACGAUUGUCGUAAUUUAAUACUAAAAGUAAUCAAAUAUUCGCUCAAUCUCACGUCAACAAAACUUAACUCACAAAUUUAUAUUAUAUUUUGUUUAUUGUUUUAUUUUUAAUCGUUAACAAUCGAAUGUCAUUUGAACACAGACACUUACACUACUGAUUUUUUUUUUCUAAUCACUGAUUUUUGUUGUACUUUAAAAUGUCCGCGAGAGUGCCAAGAAAUAGCCAAUUUAUUUAGAUAUUAUUAUUAUUAUUAUAAUUACUAUCGACGAGACGUUUAUUCCACAUUAUUGACAUAAUAUAUUAAUUAAUGCAAGUCUAUUUAUUAUUAUAUAUUUAUAUAUAACUUUUUUUUUUGUUAGAUUAUGAAGGAUUUGUGCAACGCAUUUUUUCCUUCAUAAAUUAAUUUAUUUUAUUUUUCUCGACGUUGAAUAAUUAAUUAUUAUUUAUAUUUUUUGAAUUAUUAUUUUUAUUUUUGAAAUUAACUAUUGGCUUAUUUAUAAAAGGUACUUGGACUUAGUUGACAAUUCUAUAAAUAACUUGAUAACCAAUUGAAUUAAUUACUGAUGAUAAUAAUUUAUUUAACUCAGUAAUGAGAACAAAACUAUUGAUAAUGAAUCAUUUUUUUAGACAAAUUAUUUAGGAGAAUCUUUGAUCCCUGAUUAAAAAUUUCGAUUGAAUCCUAUUGAGAACAAUAGUAGAAAAUUUAUUAUUUCCCGACUUAAUCCGAUUCACUUUAAUAGAAAACAAUCGGGAUCUCUUGGUUUGAAUUGGAGUGUAACCACACAGAAAAAAAGGAUUUAUUCGCAAGAAAUAUUUUGCAUUAUGAAUUAAAGACGAAAUUUUGUCAGGAUUAGAAAAAAUUUUUGGAGCAAGAAAAAGAUAAUUUGUGUGUUCAAUUUAUAGCAAAAAAUUUCUUGAGGCUUGAGGCAAGUAAAAAUUUUUAUGAUACUGAAGUUAGCCGACGUCUAAUAAUAUUUGAAUUUUUUUCAAAACGAUAAAUAAUAAAAAUAUUUGAAAACAUUGCACUUGUAGUCUAUUAAAUUUUGUACAUGUGCAUAUUUUUAGUUUUUCUUUUUCUUCAAAUUUAAUUGUUCAAAAAAAAAUCCAAACAUUUUUAAUUGUCUGUUAACUUCAGGAUCAUAAAUUUUUUAUGAUACUGAAAUUAGCUGACGUCUGAUAAUUUUUGGACUUCUAUAGAAACGGUAAAUUGUAAAAAAAAAAAUAAUUUACAAAAUUACACUUAUAGUUUUUUUAAUUUUCUACAUGUGUAUAUUUUUAGUUUUUUUUUUUUUUAAAUUAAAUUAUUGAAAUAAGAAAUUCAAAAAUUGUUAAUUGUCUUCUAACUUCAGGAUCAUAAAUUUCUUGAGCCAAGAAAUCUUUUUUUUCUGUGCAGGGAUAGGUGAUAAAUUAAUGAAUUGUCUUUGAUAUAUCUUCCCUAUACGAUGGGAUUUGUAUUUUUUCAAACGAGCAUACGAUAUUUUGUUUGUUUGAUGUUAGAUUACCGUAGUUAGAUUAAAUUAAUAAAAUAUUUAAAUAAAAUAAUGAAAAAAAUAAAAUUUUAAUCAUGUCAAUUCAUUUAGUAAUAAUUUUUUUUUUUGUUUCGUUUAUCGAAAGUAAUUUAGCUGAAAUAAUUGUAUAAUUAUGGUACUGAAUGCUGCAAUUUAUUUGUUUAUAUAUAAAUUAAUUGUGUUCAAUAACAGAGUCAUCAUUUAUUUCCACAUCUAUUAUUUUUAUUA